GGGUCUACAAAAUCAACAUCGGAUUAAUUAAAAACCUUAACUAAACCGGGAAAUAAUUUUAGUCGUUUCUGAUCCAUCCAUCCAUCCAUCGAUCUUGGCCAGCUCGAGAUAUUUCUUUCAGAUCUCGGAACUUUUCGUCUUCUUCAGCCAUGAUUCAUUUUGUCCUCUUAAUAAGCCGUCAAGGAAAAGUUAGGCUUACAAAAUGGUAUUCACCUUAUUCCCAGAAAGAAAGAAGUAAGGUGAUACGAGAGCUCAGUGGAAUGAUUCUUACACGUGGCCCCAAACUUUGCAAUUUUGUUGAGUGGAGAGGAUUUAAAGUCGUUUACAAAAGAUAUGCCAGCCUCUACUUCUGUAUGUGCAUUAGCCAGGAAGACAAUGAAUUGGAAGUCCUUGAGAUCAUUCAUCACUAUGUUGAGAUUCUAGAUCGUUACUUUGGAAGUGUUUGUGAGCUUGACCUGAUCUUCAAUUUUCACAAGGCAUAUUAUAUACUGGAUGAGGUACUAAUUGCUGGGGAACUUCAGGAAUCAAGCAAAAAGACAGUUGCUCGUUUAGUGGCUUCACAGGAUUCUUUGGUGGAGGCAGCCAAAGAAGAAGCCAAUUCUAUAAGCAAUAUAAUUGCACAGGCAACCAAGUAAAGUUUGUGGCUACACCUACAGUCCACCCCUACCAGAUAUGCAUCUCUUGGAUCAAAUGCUGAUAUUAGAUACAUGUAUUAUGUUUUAUAUUGUUUUCUUUUUCUAGAGUGAAAAUCAUUGCUUUUUUUCAUGUAUGAUAACUUGCUUGAAUCACCUUUUGCAACUGAAGAGAGUUUUUUCGCUGAUAAAUGUAUCAUCUCAUGUUUAGAUGUUGUACAAGCUUGUUUUUGACUAAUCGAUUUACUGGAAAUGCAAGUAACUGUGCAACAUUGUGUGUA